AUGGUGAACUUCACCGUCUCCAAUGUUAACGAUGCGAUUUCAUUCAAACCACAUCUUUGUAAGGAGGUUCCCCCGGAACAGUACAAUUCUUUAAAGAAUUGGUACAUUGAGUUUACUGGAACCUCAAUUCGUAAGAACAAAUGUAGAUUGUUCUUUCUACCGAUCAAUGUCUCUGAUGAGCUGCAACAGCUGAACCCUGUCAUUCCAGAUGAGGUUAAAAUCACUAACCCAGAUAAUUGUGAAUUGACGUAUUACAAGAAUAGAUUGAUCACGGAGCUAGAUUUUGAAAAUGUGAAGCGUGUUCAAAGAGCAUGUAUAUACAUUGCUUAUGCUGCUAUUAACCAGCUGUUGAACAUAGAAACGGAUCCAUCUAUGAUACUAGAAUCGAGCCAGUCAAAUGCGGGACAGGCUGGGACAAAUUCGUCGGGAGGAUACCCUUCUUCCUCUCACUCUAACAACAACAACAGUACUAAUAACGAGUCUGUUGAUGCUACAGAGUCGUGUUAUCUCUCCUUGAAGAGGGGUGAAGUAUUGGGCUUUAGAGAAUUGGGCCAUUUAAUAAACAUCACUCCUUGGCACUUCCACCGAGUUUUCAAAGUUAUUACGGGUCUAACUAUUCGUGAAUAUGGUCAGCUCUGCGUUGAAUUUUUGAAGAAGAAUUCGACAUUAGUCAAUCCUGUCGUGGCUAGAGUUGAGCAAUUGAAGGAGGCAGGGGACACGUAUUCAUGUUUAGACGACGAUGACUUUAUGAUUGACGAUACUCUUAGAUAUGAGUGCGACGAUAAGUGUAUUAUCUUGCCUGAUUACUUUAUUGAUUUAACUAAAUCGAAGGAAUCGAAACGGAAGGGCAACGAUUCGCCUCCAUCUACGGCAUCAUCAAACGCCAAUGGGAAUGGUCAUUCAAUGGAGAAUGACCAUUCGAAGAAUCAGCAUCCAACUUCUGGCUUGUCGCGUUCGGAACAGCGCAAGCGGAGAAGCUCUGUUAUGAUUCAAAAGAUUAGGAAUGCAUCUGUGUGUUCAUUUUCUACAAAUCCUUCGAUCCAGUCUGCGAUGAACAACCAUGGGAACGGGAACGGGAAUGGGAACGGUGCAAGUUCGCCGCCAUUGCCACUACCACUACAACAGCCGGUUGAAUACUGCGAAUCGUUAACUCCUUCUCCAAGCAACCAGGGCCUGGACCAGGGCCAGGGCCAGGGUAUGCAACUGGGUACUUACAUUUCUGGAGAGGGGUCUGCUACGUACCUGCGCCACCCAUCGACGUCUACUAUUGGAUUAAGACGGAAAUCCAAGGUGAGCCGUAAUGGCAGCGUUAGCGGGAUGGAGAACCACGGAAUGGUUUCCAAGGCGAAGCACAAGAGGAACGUGAGCGACCCGCUUGCGAGUGCGGGCGAUGACCUAUUAGCGGACAAGAUCAACGGCGAUCUCUCGUUGUUCGAUGGGCAAGGUCAAGGACCGGGUCAAUUACAAGGCCCAGGGCAAGGGCAAGGACAGGGGCUAUCGGAGGCCUUCAACUUCCCUUCCCCACAGGUGGAUUUCAAGUUUAAUAUGUUUGAUGAGCCGGACUUGGGGCUCAACUUGGACGUGAACCUCAACUCGUUGAACCUCUCGGAGAUGGCACUCAACUCUAUCAGCAUGAACAUGGGGGCGGGGGCUGCUGCUGCGGCGGCAGAGGUGACGCAUGCGCAUGCGCAGGCGCUGGCCCAAAGCCAGAGCCAGACCCAGAGCCAGACCCAGGCCCAGGCCCAGGAACUUGGUCCUGACCAAGGACCUGGUCCUAGUCACGGGACCGUGACAGUUUCCACAUCGGAGGUGGACUCGCGCCUUCCAUCAGACGACAUUACGGAGAUGUCGUCGUUCUCGAUGAACCCCGUGGACCAGUUCCAGUACAUCCACACGGACAAGCACAGGCAGUCGCAGGCGCUCCGUUCGAACAACAGCGUGUUGCACCUCGACAAGCUCUCUGAGCCGCAGAGUUUAAGUUCUACGCUUCCAACGACGCCUCAGGACAUGAACACGUUGUUGCCCGUGCAGGGUCACGAGUCGCUACUACUGGAAUUUUCUCCCGAGGAGCCCAACAGCGCGCUAAGCGCGCUAGACCCGCUCUACCCGCUCUACCCUUCGUCGAUGUUGACGGCGGUGCCAAGCGAUGCGUUUGCAAGCUACGAGGACUUUAUCGCGAACUAG